AUGCUGUUCAGCCCAACAGCCAUCUGGGGGCUGGAGGUUUCCCAUGUCUGGCUCUCUAUCCCUUUUACUCACGUCUACAUUGCAUCACUUGUAGGGAACUGCACAAUCCUUGUCAUCGGGACUGAUCUGAGCUCCCACGAGCUCGUAUGCUGUUUCCUGUCCAUCACUGAUUUGGGUUUGUCUCUCUCAAGUUUCAGAGCCUGUUUUGUUCAGCUUUACUUUAAUUCCUUCUCCUUCAUGGAGUCCUCUGUGCUUCUGGUCAUGCCCUUUCAUCACUGUGCGGCCAUCUGCUACCUGCUGAGAUACUCCUCUGUCCUCACCAGUGCCAGGAUAGGCAGGAUUGGUCUGGCUGCUCUAAUGGUCUCUUGCACGCUUUCUUGUCUACACCAGGAUAUCAUCAGGGUGGCUCAGUCACAUUUAUGUGACAUUUAUGAGACUGCGGCAUUUAUGGCUCAAGUGUUUGCUCUUUCCUCAAUGGCUUUAGACUCACUGUUACUUGUUCUGUUGUACAUCAUGAUCCUUAAGACUGUCUUGAGUAUUGCAUCCAAGAAGGAGCAGUCCAGGGCCUUGAACACUUGCACUUCCCACGUCUGUGCUAUCCUAAUCUUUGACAUCACAGUGAUCAGUCUGUCCAUGAUUCACAAGUCUGGAAAAAGUGCUUCUCCCACUGCUCACAUCCUCAUCGCUAACAUCUGCUUGCUGGUCCCACUGAUGAGCCUGAUCGUGUACAGUGUGAAAACCAAACAGAUCUGUACCCGAACCACCAGAAAGCUUCAAGAAGCCAGAUGUGACUCCACAGUCAUGCUGUGAGCUGCAUCAGAGCUGAGUGGUCUG